AUGGAACAAGUAGAUGGUUGGUUCAAUUUGUUAUAUAAAAUCAUCCAAGAUAAUAACUUAGUAGAUCGUCCAGGACAAGUGUUCAACUGUGAUGAAACAGGUAUGUCUGACUGUAUUAGUUAUUCUAAAGUACUGGUUCGUCGACAAACACACAAUGCUUUUCGAAGUCAAGAUGGUACUGGUGGAAAAGCUUAUACAAGCUUAAUGUUUUGUGCCUCGGCAACUGGUUAUCUUUUACCACCGUUUGUUAUAUAUAAAUCAAAAAGACUAUGUCAAGAAUGGUGCAGUGGAGGAUCACCAGAUACUGG